AUGUCCCUCGGCGGCCUUGGACACUUCCAGGAGCCGUCUGCGCCAUAUGACAUUUUGCCUUUGAUGGGCUCGCUCUCUAAUGCGUUUUCAGGAACAUCUCACGAGAUCUUUGGUCCCAAAUUGCCCACCAUUCAGCCUGCGUCGCCGAACAAAGGCGCGCCGCACGCUCCAACACCUUCCCGCCCUGCUUUCUUUCCGCUGCCCAAGGGACACCCACAUGCGAUUGCCAUUGCAAGCCCAGGAUCCUCCACCGCCGAAUCCAUAUCCGAGUUGACCACCUCCUCUUCGUCGCGGGACUCCCUCCCCCCUGCUCAGGCGCGCAACGGCGACAGCUCACCUCAGAAACAAGUGCGGAACAAUAGACGGAACAAGUCCAACAAGUCGAAUGCCAAAUGGAAUAGAGGCGGUUCUUCAGAUGACACAGGCUCAGAUCGCAAGCCGCCCACAUCUCAGCCUCCAAACCCCACGCAGAGCGUCGUUCAAUCACCCCAGCCUGCGUCGAAGCAGCGCCAACAGCCGACUAUUGCUACCCACAACUCAGCAGCGAGUCAAUCACGAUUAAUGGCAACAACUUUUGGUGGUCCCUCGGGUGAUUCGCGACGGGGAGUAGUUUCUCCUCGGCCAAAAGGUCGCGAAGCGAAGAAUACCUUCUGCCGCAAUGUAACCAUCUACGGGCACUGUCGGUACGAGAACACCUGCCCCUACAUCCACGAUCAGAGUAAAUUGGGCCAAAAUGAAAACGCAAGAAAAAGAUUCAACGUCGAUUCUCCGUCCUUCACGCCUCUGCAGGCAAGUACCAAUGGAUCUGUGACCCCGUCGUCUCGCAGCGCUGCAAUCUCACCUAAAGCUGCAAACGCGGCUGUCUUCACACCAAAAUCGCAACGCUCCACUGUCAGCACUCCACAAUUGCACGCCAAAGAACCCGCCAUCGAGUGGCCUGCGCAAGACUUUCAAGAGUUUGUACCACAGGUAUUUGACAGUCAGAUGGUUGACCCGAACGUUGGCUAUGAUCCUUUCAAUACAUCUACGAACAUUUCUACACUCACUGGCUCAAGCCACCAGGCCACCCAAAUCAAUCCCUACAGCCAGGAUCAUUCAGGAGGGUACUACCCUAACGCCAACGCCUUUCAAACAACACCAGCAUAUCAUUUAUACUGGCCCGUCGGACCCCAGCCUACCGGUCUACUCGCUUAUCAGCGCACUGCACAUGAUUUCUUCAUUCCAGAUACUAUACGGGAGGACCUACAAAAGAAGGCGGAAGUUGGGCGCCAAACUCUCCCUAACACCUCUCUACCGGUCAUCGAGCAGUUCCACUCCCUGUUUUGUCUAGACACGACCCCCCAAAAGAAUACUGCGCCAUUCGGUUACGCUAGCUGGAUUUACAAAGCUAUCUCUAGCAAAGAUGGGAAGACUUAUGCGCUGCGUCGUCUGGAGAACUUUCGGCUCACGAGUGAGACCGCUAUCCGCUCAGCACAGCCUUGGAAGCGCAUUCUCAACGGCAGUGUCGUGACAACGCAUGAGGCUUUCACCACAAGAGCGUUCGGCGAUAGCUCCCUUAUCCUGGUCACUGACUAUCAUCCGAACUCGAAACCUCUCGCCGACGAGCAUUUUAAGCCAAUGCAACGCUUUCACGGGAGACAGCCUACAUCGUCUCACGUACCAGAGCAAGUCUUAUGGGGUUACCUUGUUCAGAUUGCGUCUGCACUCAAGGCUAUACAUGGGUCCGGCUUAGCUGCAAGGCUAAUUACGCCUUCCAAGAUAUUGCUUACGUCGAAGAACCGAGUACGUCUGAAUGCAUGUAGCAUUAUGGACAUCGUUCAAUUUGAGAACGCACGGCCUAUUGCCGAGCUCCAAGCGGAUGACUUUGUUCAACUAGGGCGAUUGAUCCUUUGUAUUGCUAAUAACAAUGCCACCGCCCAUCUGCAGAUGCAAAAGUCUAUGGAUUACAUCACGCGGAGCUACACAGGUCGUCUCAAGGAAUGCAUACAGUGGCUACUCAACCCCCAGCCCCCAUCUGGAACACCCUCAUCACCUACGACCACCGGAGCAAUGCAUAAAGACAUUGAUACAUUCCUGGCCGGUAUUGCAGAUCAGAUUGCGUCUGUGUUUGACAGCGAGCUACAUGCUCAGGACACUCUCACCAACACUCUCGGGCGUGAGUUGGAGUCUUCAAGAAUCGUCCGACUUCUUGUCAAACUCAACAUGAUCAAUGAGCGUCCCGAGCUUGACGCUUCGCAGAGUAUACCGGGAACUAGUACACCCAACCCUUCUGCUGUAUGGGCAGAGACGGGAGAGCGCUACUACCUGAAGCUCUUUCGAGACUACGUCUUCCAUCAGGUGGACGCCAACGGGCAUCCGGUCACGGAUUUGGCACACGUUCUCGAUUGUCUCAACAAGCUUGACGCUGGUACGGACGAGAAGAUUGCACUCAUCAGCAGAGACGAGCAGAACGUUUUGAUAGUAAGCUAUCGCGAAGUAAAGAGGGGCUUAGAGUCGGCGUUCCAGGAUUUGCUGAGAGCGGGACGCAGUUCAGGAAAAUAG